CCACUGUAGGAGUAGGUGUUCUGUCCUGCACACGGUCUCUCCUUCACUGCCUUGCUAGUAAAAUUUGACUCCAUCCAAACUAUCAAUUUCGCGGUGCUUCUUGAUAAAAUGAAUACGCCCUUGGCAGUGGCAAUCAGCAUCGUGUUCGCAGCCGCGGUCCAUGCAGACUAUGGAGGCGGAGGACACGACUCACACCAUAACGUGAUCGUCAUGCCAGCCAGCAUGAGUAAAGCUUAUCCUUGGGUUGGUUUUGGAGAUCACUACGCAGGCAUUAUCCCAAAAUUCUUCAAAGCGCCUCGAUGGCUCCCAUAUCACGACCCUACUUACACGGCUAGCUGGGUUCCAUUCGCACCUCAGCCAAGAAGCAAGACCUACUCGUACAACAGCAGGAGCGAUGAUCUCAUAUACGCCGAUAACGGCUUUAUCAACUUAGACAGUAUCGUACCCAAAGGAUUUGGUCCUCCAAAAGGAAGCUCUGUAACCUCUGGCUUUGCCGGAGGCCAAGAAGACCAUUAUUUGCGCAGAAACUCAUUUGACAAUCAAGAAUCAUUUGCUUACUAUCCCGAAUAUACUGCAAACCAUCGACGGCAGUUCACUCCUUUUGUAACAUCGGUUACUCAAAGUUCCAACCGUCAGAACUCCCGUUUCAAUAACUUAUUGCCCCUCUCGACUUCACAAUUUCUUCCAAGCCACAACGUGCUCAGAGAUCCGAUAGAAUUACAACUACUGGACCGCAACUCAGAUCAACUCACGGAUUCUUUACCACGAUUUCCCGUGCUGGAAGCAGCAGCUUCCUUGCCAAAGACCCGUCAGUCUGUCUUCUGGGGGAACUUACAGCCAACCCUGCAUGUGGGAUCUCGACAACCUGGGGCUGCGUCACCUCAAGUCCUCGGAAUAGACUACAGCAAACCAAAAUCAGAUGAUAUCGUAGGCCUAAAAAAUCCUCAGCUGACGACGUCCCAAGAUUCAGGCCGCACCUCUGUUCCUCAGCAUGUCCAGUCAUUCGAAAGCGUUGUUUCUGCGUCCUACAAGCAUUCUUGAAUAACUUCACUGUGAAUGUUUGAAUUUAUUUAGUAGUAAAAAUUGACGUUAUUUAGGUUACACCGUCACUGAGGCGACCUGAAGCCAUGUUUUUCUUAUUUUUUGCUUGUUUUUAAUUGUCUUGCAGAUACAGUUAAGGAUACGUGUCUUGUUAAUAACAUGUUACAAUGCUAUUUAAUUUCAGUACUAAUCGAAACUCAAUUUUUUCUAUAACGGCACUGCAUGCAUAAAGAAUUUUCUCUAAGAUGGUCACUCUUUAGCUAUUCCCAGUAUAUUGCAAUGCACAGUAUAAUAUCCUGAUAACAGCAAUCUUUUCAUAACUUAUCUUGUUUGUUUCUGCAAUUCCUACAUUUCUAACAUUUUACUUCUCAUUAAUAACUAACUAACAUAUUCAAUUAACUAGCAUUUCUGUAGAAUAACUAAAAAAGUCAUCACUAAUUUCUUGUGCAAUAAUUCUUUUUACAAAACUUUUCCUGCAAUCAUGUCGUUCGAGCUCGAGUUAACCUCCAUUUAAUUUGUCAUUUAACAAUUACUAACUCAGCCUCGUGGUUUCUCGCUACAGAAAAUCUUGGUACUUUGGGUCUUGCUGCUUUCCUCUACAGUGCGAUCCAGCGUAUCUUACAUGGUGCCUGACGACGAUGGUUUGCAGCACAUUCCGUCAACCCCUUUUCGGGCUGUCGAGGAAACUCAGCGGCUGUUCAGGAUCGAAGGAUUCAAUCGAUGGCCAAAAUUGUCUGACGUCCUUCAUAAUUUAAUACCAAAACCUAAGCGUGAAAGUCCAUUUGGAUUCAGACUGAGGCCAACCGGGUUCAGGAGGCCCCAGUUUGCACAUCGUAAGCCUCCGCCAACUAAUGGUUACAGCUCAGUUACGGGACAAAUGAGACCAAGUUAUCCCCCAUGGCCUGGAACUAUGAAUCAUAAUAAGCCAGGAAUGAGUAAUAGACCAAAUAUGAAUUACUAUCACUUGAUACACGAGUCCUCUCAUGGAUAUGAAUCUGGUAAGAAACCAAUGCCAGGAAUGAAGACACCAGGAACGGUGGACUAUAACCAAGCACCGACUGGGGAAUAUUCAAUGAAUAUUGGUACUCAACCACAAAGUUUUACAGUUGCUCAAGGCAGCAGUUUGCACAUGAGGCCGUGUAAACAUUACUUUUACGCCAAACCUCAUGUAAUUUCAACGAAUCCCGGGGAAUCGCCGCCAACAAAAUUUGUGCCAAUGAAGUAUCCUUCUCAUUGGCAUGAAGCUUACAUCCCACCAUACAUGACUCCACCUAACAUGUACUCGACAACGUUUUCGCCUGAGGAAGCUGAUCAGGACCAAAUUUGGAGUGGCAACACUGGAUACGCUCAGCCAUUAGAUACGCAUGACGACCAAUUCUCGACGCAUUUUAACGUUACAAGCGUAGAUGAUGAGGUAAAUAAUCAUGUGUGGAUAGACAGACAUCGAAGACAUCGCUGGGCCCCGCUGCAUGCCGCUUCAUACAUGGCGGAGGGUCGGAACGCUAAGAAAACCGGCCGUGGCCCUGUUUCCUUCCAGAACGUCUUACUGAUUCCAGUUUUGAGCGUGGGAAACGAAGUAACUGAUGAUAACACAGGUGUUAAAUUUUCUAGGCGUGAUGACCUUUUCGUGUAAGCAAACCAACGAAAAGUUCCAACGAAUGGGAAUCAUUUCUUUAUUUGUAUUUUGAGGAUUUGACUUGUGUGAGCGCAAUAUUUUGACUUCUGAUAUUAUUAAUGUGAAUAGCCUAUUUCACUAUGAAUCUACUAUAAUCCCAAAAUUCAUAUAACAACUUUAGGGGCAUUACACAUGCACGAACACACUUCGUUAUCGGUUAUGAUGACUUAUUACCAUUCAAUUACUCGCUUACUAGGCAUAUAAACUUGCGUAUAUAAAUUUUCCUUGCCAGCUAAUUUUUCUAUUUUUUAUAUUAUAUGAAAACUUACUCAUACUGUACCAAACCUUAACUGGCUGAAUUUUAAUUGAACCAAUAAAUAAUGGAUGCGCGUCGUUGAGCAAUAACUUUAAUAAGCUCUUCAUUUUCUUGCAAUAAACAAUUUAAUUUCUUCAACACCAAUAGUGUAAUCGUGAGACACUAAAAAACUUUAUCUAAUAAGUCCGAAAUAGCUGUAAUUGUAUAAGCUGACAAACUAAAUUCAUUGUUUUCGUCCGUUAGCU